AUGAUGAAUCCAUCCCUUAGUUUGUUGCAAAUUAUUUACAGCAAGCCACUGCCAUAACGGCAAAGAGUUUUGGAGCUCUAGUGGAUUUUAGAUGAUUUUUUUAUUCCUACUUUUUGACAAGACGGCUACAGGACGUUUAUCUCAUUUGAUUUCGUUUCAUUUAUUUAUUUUGCUGAAAACGAAAGAAUAUCGAUUACCACCUGCACUGUCGAGGUAGGGCUGUUUUUAUUGACUGACAAUGUGGACAUACCACUGAUUAACAUUCCCACUUUCUGAGAAAAAUAUUUGGAGCACUCUGGAUAGCCGAGCCAAGGCUUUGGAGAGAUAACGUAGUGCUAAAUCAGUGUGUCGCUGUGAUUUGGAGUCAGGUUGCCAAGCUGAAGCUGACGUGACAACUUGUUUAGAGGCUGUCAGAAGCACUUUAUGAAGUUGUGAGAGUUGGUAGAUGUAGCUUUCACCAUGACGGAGCGGACUCCUCUCCUCCACUACCGCCUGUCCACCAGCGUCAAUGAGUCCGAGAUGAGGGCAGCUCCGGCGGGCCAGACCGCGGAGCAGCACCCGGUCAUCCCCAGGCGGAAGUCCACCCAUCCGCGGCAGCCCCAGAAACUGUCCACCUUCUUCGGUGUUGUGAUUCCCACCUUGCUGUCUAUGUUCAGCGUGGUGGUGUUUCUCAGAAUCGGUUUCGUGGUGGGCCAGUGUGGGCUGUACCAGGCUAUAGCCAUGUUCCUGGUGGCUUACUUCAUCAUCAGUAUGACUGUGCUCUCUGUCUGUGCCAUCUCCACUAAUGGAGCUCUGGAUGCCGGGGGAGCCUAUUACAUGAUCAGCCGAGCUUUGGGUCCGGAGUUCGGUGGCAGCAUCGGCAUCAUGUUCUUCCUGGCCAACGUGUGCGGCAGCGCCCUCUAUGUGCUGGGUCUGGUCGAGGCCAUCGUGGACACCUUCGGAGUGCCAGAAGACAAGACAAUAGUGAGUUCCGCCUAUCAGGUUCUGCCGUCGGGCUACUGGUGGUCGCUUCUCUACGCCACAGCCGUCGCCCUGCUGUGCCUGCUGGUGUGCCUGGUGGGUGCCCACAUCUACGCCAAGGCCACCUUCAUCAUCUUCCUCGUGGUCAUGUUUGUCCUGGGCACCAUCUUCAUCAGCUUCUUCGCCGUACGCCCUCGCACCAUCCCCCUGCCUGGUGCGGCGACGCCCGGCCCCAUAGCCAACGGCACAGGCCCCGGACCGCCCACCAUCGCCAACUUUACCGGGUUCAAGCUGGACACGCUGCUGGGGAACCUGCUGGCUGAGUACACUGUAGACUACACAACGGGAACCAUGAUGACCUUUGCCACCGUUUUCGCUGUAAUGUUUAACGGCUGCACCGGCAUCAUGGCCGGAUCCAACAUGUCAGGUGACCUGAAGAACCCCAGCUACUCGAUCCCCCGUGGCACCAUCACCGCCGUCAUCUUCACCUUCAUCAUCUACAACCUGCUGAGCCUGCUGGUGGCUUGCUCCUGUGACCGCAUCCUGCUUCAGAGAGAUUACAGUUUCCUGAGGGACAUCAACAUCUGGAACCCCUUCGUCACAAUCGGCGUUUAUUCCUCCACCCUGUCCGCCGCCAUGAGCAACCUCAUCGGAGCCUCGCGCAUCCUCUACGCCCUGGCCAGGGAUGACUUGUUUGGUAAGGUCUUGUCUCCGGCUAAGAGGACAUCCCACAGCGGUAACCCCUGGGUCUCAGUGAUCAUCUCGUGGUUCCUUGUACAGUUGGUGCUGUUCUCGGGGAAGCUGAACACCAUCGCCAGUAUCGUGACUAUAUUCUUCCUGUUAGUGUAUGCUGCCGUAGACUUGGCCUGCCUUGCCCUGGAGUGGGCCUCUGCACCUAAUUUCAGGCCGACGUUCCGUUAUUUUACCUGGCACACGUGUGUGCUGGGCAUCGUGGGCUGUGCCAUCAUGAUGUUCCUGAUCAACGCCAUCUACGCCUCAGCAAGCAUCGCCUUCAUGCUGCUGCUGCUGCUGCUGAUUCACUACCUCAGCCCCACGUCCAGCUGGGGCUACAUCAGCCAGGCCCUCAUCUUCCAUCAGGUGCGAAAGUACCUGCUCAUGCUGGAUGUGAGGAAGGAUCACGUGAAGUUCUGGAGGCCUCAGAUCCUGCUGAUGGUUUCCAACCCUCGCAGCAGCGUGGGCCUCGUCACCUUCAUGAACGACAUUAAGAAGAGCGGCCUCUACGUGUUGGGACACGUCCAGCUGGGAGAUCUCAACACUUUGCCAUCUGACCCUCUCCAGUCCCAGUACGACUCGUGGUUGUCUCUGGUGGACCAUCUGAACAUCAAGGCUUUUGUCAACCUCACCCUGGCCAACUCAGUGCGUCAUGGGGUCCAACAUCUACUCUUCAUCUCCGGACUGGGUGGGAUGCGUCCCAACACCCUCGUCUUGGGUUUCUAUGAUGCCUGUGUUCCAGAGGACAAGCUAAUUGUCCCAUCGCUCUCUACCAGUCGGUCCACGGACCCCUCCAACCCCUCCCAUGACCCAGAGGAAGAACCUCCCCUCUUCCACUUUGCCCCCUUGAGGGGAUCAAGCGAGGAAAAGGAAUUCGGAGGUGAAUUCGGAGACGGGAAAGUACUGGGACCCCAGGAGUACGUGGCGGUCAUUGCUGACGCCAUGAAGAUGCUGAAGAACGUGGUGCUGGCCCGCUACUUCAACCACUUUGACCGGGCGCAGGCCCUCUCGUUUGCAGGGAAGGGAGCCGUGUACGUCGACGUCUGGCCGGUCAACCUCAUGCGUCCCGACAGCUGCAGCUACGUCGACACCUGCUCCCUGUUCCUGCUGCAGCUAGCUUGCAUCCUCAACAUGGUCCGAGCCUGGCGCAAAGCUAGGCUGCGUCUUUUCCUGUGCAUCGAGCAGGGCCGGAGCCUCCGAGGCACCGAGGAGAAGUUGGGCCAGCUGCUGAAGGAACUCAGAAUUAAAGCCAAUGUCUAUGCCGUGCCGUGGGAUGAACAGGUGGCGCUACACUGGCAGCGACAAGGCGAGUCGGGCAGGAAGAGGCCGCCCCAAGAUGCCAGUGAUGCUGAUAAAGACGAGGAGAAGCGGAGAGCGCAGGAGGAAGAGGAGAAUGAUGAUGACUAUGUGAACAGCUUCCCCAGCAAUGCCACGCGCCUGUCAGAUGAAUACCUGUCAGCCGUUAACAGACUGAUCCUGGAACAGACCCGCCCCCCACCGGCCGUGCGUUUUCUGUAUUUGCCGCGCCCCCCAGCUGACACCCGGCGAUACACCACCUACCUGCGCCAGCUAGACCUGCUGACUCAGGACCUCGGCCCCACGCUGCUCAUCCACGGUGUCACACCUGUCAUCACCACUGACCUUUGAAUCGCCUCGUGGACAAAGCAUUAACACAUUGAGCGAAGUGUCCCUUAGAAGCCUCAAAGUGAUCUUCUUUGCAGUGUCUCCACUCAUGCUGAGGUUUAUUGUUGGCGACAGAAAGCAGACUCCCUCAAGGCACUGAGGUGCAGCAUCACCCCGGACCUCAACAGUGACCUGGUGCUUAACCAUGCUUUCCUGUGAAGGAGCGGGUCCAAUUUUUGAUUCAGCCUAACCUGAUUUGGGAUUUUUUCCUCUAUACCUUUGCUCAUUCCUUGAGGCAUAUUUUUUGACAUGCUGCUAUGUUCAAAGUCCUUAAAAUGAUCAUUCCAUAUGCGUGCAAAUCUAAAAGUGCCUCGUUGGUUAGCUGCGGAGCUCUGCUUUGGAAUCGGUCCAUCAUGAAUUGAGAGUUGGACCGAGUUAAAUAUUGAAACCGUAUUCUGCAGGAAAUCUGGUUUUCCAUUUUAAGAGAGGUGCUGUGUUUUAGAACAAAGGAAGCAAUUGAAUAUUAUGAAUGUUAUGUUAUGAUCUUAGGAGGGUUUUUUUUUUUAAGUUUUAUUCCAAAAAUCUAUCAUCUUAACAAGUUAGAUCUGAGAGAGACAUUCCCCCUUUUCUUUGUCCUCCUCUGCCAAAAUCAGAACUGUGCCGCUUUUUAAAAUUGCUUAAAAUGUUCUUAAUAGCUACCAUGAGCGUCCAUUUCCAAAACCAAAAUUGUAUUGUUAAUUUUUCAGAAUGAAUUUUUAAGUAUGUAUAUUUAGGUGCUCCACAACAUAAGAACUCUAUUUUCACUCACUUUGAUUUCUCGGUGAAUGUGUUGCUUGACCAAUCAGGAUGCCACAGUGCCUUUAUCACUGUUUGUGUCUUCUUUCCCAGGUCUUAGUACACAGAUGCACACUUUGAUUGAUCUAUAGGUACAGGCUGGGUUUAAGCAGUAUGAUUAACGUGUGACAAUGCAAAAAAAAAAAAAAGAAAGAAAGAAAAAAAAAAGAAAAUAAUUGAAGGACCCUUUCACACCUACCUUGUUUGGUCCAGACUUGGUCCAGGUGUGAAAAGAUUAGGUACUUGAUGCAUUUUGGCUCCAGGUCCAUUGUAAUUAAUACUGGUUUACAUUACGUUACAUUCCCUUUGCCAUUACUCUCUAUUUGGACUAACAUAUAUGUUUACUUGGGUUUCAGUUAAAAUCCAUCCAGUUACAAUGGAAGGGUGCUUGGUUGCACACUUCACUACAUGUCGGAGAUCUUGCUCCAUCCUGGAACUGAGAAAAGCACAAAUUAACAAUACAGAACACACUCAUUCACUAAAAAAAAAAAAAAAAUGAAAGGAUCAACAUUUGAAGCACCGUUGUAAUCCAAAAGUAUAUAUACAUGUAAAGUGCAUGACUUAAAAAAAAUAAAAAUAAAAAGUUUUGUAUUACCUC